AUGCGAGCUUCUCGCUCAGCAGCCUCGCUGAUUUUGGGAGGCUCCCAUCCCGCGUUGGUCGGAACCACUGAGUUGAAGACAGCAUCGCUCAACGGUCUGAAAACGCUGACUCGACCAAGGUCAGCCGGUCGUCUAGUUACUCCGCGAAAGGAGCUCAGUGCUGGCCUGAAGCCUCAAACGCUUCUGAAGCUGGAAUUUAGAUUCGAGAAAGGAGGCCAUGGCCUCCAGUGGCAGAACUUGAUUGUCACAGGCGUCAAAGGCCAAGCCAAGGACCUCGGGGUCCAGAUCGGCUGGCGGAUCUACAUGAUCGAUGGGCUGCUCAUGAAGACCGGAGCCGAGGUGUGGCAGAAGCUGCAGGAUGCGAUGUGGCAGUGGAGGACGGUGACAGUCGUCUUCUUCACCGACUACAGGGCGAUCCGGAUGGAGGAAAAGAUCAAAGAGGAGGAGGAGGAGCGACGCGAGGCCGAGCGCUUGGCUAAGCUUCCUUUCACGAGCACCUCAGAUGAGAAGCACCUGGAGCAGCUCAAACAGGAGUUUGUAUUCCAGGGCUACAUAGACCGAGCAGAGGAUCGUGCGGUGACUCUACAGCAGUUGCAGAGGGUCGUUGAUUUCAGCAAGGACCACUGCCAUCGAUGGAGAGACACACAGCCAUCACAUAUGUCACGCAAUGCAGGCCGCAAAGUUCACAUUGACCACAUGAACUGGUGUCACCUGCACGAGUGGCUUGUCCGUCCGGCUUGCGCUGAGAAGGACUGCUCGCUAGUGGAGCUUUUGACCAACCAGGAGCAGCCUCCUGCGUUCUACCUGGUGCACUACUGGGGGGAUCUCGUGCUGAACUGUCUAGAGGCCAUCAAGGUACACAUGCAAAGCAGAAACCUGGACCAAAGCACGCCAUACUGGCUUGCGUGCUGUGCCAAUCGUCCGCACUCGCUGCAGGAUGCCUUCUGUUCGGAUUUGAAGGCAACCUGCUUCUACAAGGCAAUGUGCGCUGCGAAAUUCCAGGUGGUGCUUGCAGUGGAUCCAAAGACAGAUUCCAACCUGCUUGCCACGUGUUUGUCACGUCUCUGGUGUUUGUACGAGUUAUGCAUGUGCUUGGACCAGCCUACCCAGCUGGACCUGGUCCAAACAAAGCUGGAGAUCAGAUCUCCUGUCAAAAAGGCCUCAAUGGUGACACAGUUCCUGACACCGGAGGAGAAGGACGCAGAAUUGCGUACGACCAACUCCGGCUACAAGGCCAAAAACGACAGGGAGAAGUCUUUCAGCUUGCAGAUCAUGGAGAUGGCAUUGGGUGUCUCCGUGGAGCGCGCGCAGAUCACCAACUCGCAGGACAAGCAGCAGAUUCUGAACAUCUUCGCAGGGCGCGACCUAAGCGAAGAGGCCCCGGAGAAGCACGAGGCCUAUGGACAAGUUUCUGCUCGAUUGCGAGCACUGUUCGCCCUGGCCUUCUGGCGUCGGGUCAUGGGUGGCAAUGUGAGCGAUAGUGAUGUCCAUCGAGUUCAAGGGAAGUUGGUUGAAGCCUUGCACACUGGCCUGCGACAAAAGUCCCUUGAACUUGACAUGGCCUUCAUGCAAGUUUGCUCGGAGAAGCUGAAGAUGCUCCGUGCCUGUCUGCCACCUGCUCUGCAAGAGCUCAAGCUGGACCUGAGGGAGACAGAGCUUACCAACGAAGACAUCAUAGCCCUGGCAGCUGGGCUUCCCAGAGAUUUGGAGGACCUGUCCCUGAACUUGGCCGGCAACGAAGAUAUUAACGAUGAUGGUGUGGAGGUUUUCAUGGGCAAGCUUCCCAGCAAGAUGCGGAGCAUGGCUCUCGAUCUCAAGAAGACCCACGUUGGUAAAGAGCUGAUGCAGCGACAGGGGAACUACGAGAGCAUGAGGAAACAUCUGGCGGAGCAGGCUGCCAAAGCCAUCCGUUGCACCUUCGUGAACCUGUGUCCAUCAGCGACGCGACAUAUGAUCUACACCGUCACCAAGAAAAAUCUUCCGCCAAUGACUUCAGAUUCAUAG